AUGACAGAGCAUAAAGCACAAGAGGUUUCCAAAAAGGAAGAGCAGGUGAUAAAGUCGCUUGAAGAGGAUGACGAAUUUGAAGAUUUUCCCGACGAUGAUUCGCAAUGGGUCACAGACGCAAAAUUGAAAGAAGAAGCACUUUGGGAGCAAGAUUGGGAUGAUGAUGAUAAUCAAGACCAUUUUUCACAAAAGUUGAGGGAGGAGUUGAUAAAAUCACAGAAACCUGCAAACUAA